AUGGUAUGUGAAUGUUCUGCUGUGCUUAUUUCUUCUCAUUCAGUGAUGGAUUAUGAUGAUGAAGUGGUUCUGCAGUGUACUGCUACUGUUCACAAGGAACAACAGAAAUUGUGUCUUGCUGCAGAAGGAUUUGGCAACAGACUCUGCUUCUUGGAAUCAACUUCUAAUUCCAAGAAUGUUCCUCCGGAUCUCUCCAUCUGCACUUUUGUUCUGGAGCAAUCAUUGUCAGUCAGAGCUCUCCAAGAAAUGCUGGCUAACACGGAGGAGAAAGCAGAAGGGCUAGUUGAUGUGGAAAAAUGGAAAUUUAUGAUGAAGACUGCUCAGGGUGGUGGUCAUCGAACACUCCUCUAUGGACAUGCAAUAUUACUGCGCCAUUCUUACAGUGGCAUGUAUCUGUGUUGUCUCUCCACAUCACGAACAUCAAUGGAUAAAUUGGCCUUUGAUGUAGGCUUGCAAGAAGAUACCACAGGGGAAGCCUGCUGGUGGACUAUACAUCCUGCUUCCAAACAGCGUUCAGAAGGAGAAAAAGUGCGUGUUGGGGAUGAUCUCAUCCUUGUCAGUGUCUCUUCAGAAAGAUACUUGCAUCUGUCUUAUGGCAAUGGCAGCUUGCGUGUGGAUGCAGCUUUCCAGCAAACACUUUGGAGUGUUGCCCCAAUCAGUUCAGGAAGUGAAGUAGCUCAAGGUUAUCUAAUAGGAGGUGAUGUACUGAGGUUCUUACAUGGUCAUAUGGAUGAAUGCCUGACAGUUCCUUCAGGAGAACAUGGAGAAGAGCAGAGAAGAACUGUCCAUUAUGAAGGUGGUGCUGUGUCAAUUCAUGCUCGUUCUCUUUGGCGACUAGAGACUUUGAGGGUUGCGUGGAGUGGAAGUCACAUUAGAUGGGGACAACCAUUCAGGUUAAGACAUAUAACAACAGGAAAAUAUUUAAAUCUCAUGGAUGACAAGAGUCUUCUUCUAACAGAUAAAGAAAAAGCUGAUGUGAAAUCUACAGCAUUUUGUUUUCGAUCUUCCAAGGAAAAAUUGGAUAUAGGGAUAAGAAAAGAAGUUGAUGGCAUGGGAACCCCUGAAAUAAAGUAUGGAGAUUCAGUCUGCUUUAUACAGCAUGUAGACACAGGUUUGUGGCUUACCUACCAGUCAGUGGAUGCAAAGUCUGUAAGAAUGGGAUCUGUGCAGCGCAAGGCUAUCAUGCACCAUGAAGGCCAUAUGGAUGAUGGAUUAACGUUGUCCAGAUCUCAGCAUGAAGAAUCACGUACGGCACGAGUAAUUCGCAGUACUGUCUUCCUUUUCAACAGGUUCAUAAGGGGUCUUGAUGCUCUCAGCAAGAAAGCAAAGCCUUCCAUAGUUGAUUUACCCAUCGAAUCAGUCAGCCUUAGCCUUCAGGAUUUAAUUGGUUACUUCCAUCCACCUGAUGAGCACCUAGAGCAUGAAGACAAACAGAACCGACUAAGAGCUCUGAAGAAUCGACAAAAUCUCUUCCAAGAAGAGGGUAUGAUCAAUUUAGUGCUUGAAUGUAUCGAUCGCUUACAUGUAUACAGUAGUGCAGCUCAUUUUGCUGAUGUAGCUGGAAAGGAGGCUGGAGAGACUUGGAAAUCUAUUCUAAAUUCAUUGUAUGAAUUAUUAGCGGCUUUGAUUAGAGGGAAUCGUAAAAACUGUGCUCAGUUCUCCGGAUCUCUCGAUUGGCUCAUUAGUAGACUGGAGAGAUUGGAAGCGUCUUCUGGAAUUCUUGAAGUUUUACACUGUGUGUUGGUAGAAAGUCCAGAAGCUUUGAAUAUUAUUAAAGAAGGACAUAUUAAAUCAAUCAUUUGCCUUUUGGACAAACAUGGAAGAAACCAUAAGGUAUUAGAUGUUCUGUGCUCAUUGUGUGUAUGUCAUGGAGUAGCUGUGAGGUCCAAUCAGCAUUUGAUCUGUGACAAUCUUCUGCCAGGGAGAGACCUCCUUCUUCAGACCCGCCUUGUCAAUCAUGUGAGCAGCAUGAGACCAAAUAUUUUCCUUGGAAUCAAUGAGGGCUCUGCUCAGUAUAGAAAAUGGUAUUAUGAGCUAAUGGUUGAUUACGUGGAGCCAUUUACAACAGCAGAAGCUACUCAUCUUCGUGUGGGUUGGGCAUCAACAGAAGGCUAUUCACCAUAUCCUGUGGGAGGAGAAGAAUGGGGUGGCAAUGGUAUUGGUGAUGACUUAUAUUCCUAUGGUUUUGAUGGACUUCAUCUGUGGUCAGGUUGUGUAGCAAGAUCUGUCAAUUCUCCCAAUCAUCAUCUACUUAGGACUGAUGACGUAAUCAGCUGCUGUCUUGACCUGAGUGCUCCAAGCAUUUCAUUCCGAAUAAAUGGGCAGCCAGUCCAGGGAAUGUUUGAGAAUUUCAACACAGAUGGUCUUUUCUUUCCGGUUGUCAGCUUUUCAGCAGGGAUAAAGGUACGAUUUUUGCUCGGAGGCCGCCAUGGGGAGUUUAAAUUCCUUCCCCCUCCAGGAUAUGCUCCAUGUUUUGAAGCUAUUCUGCCCAAAGAAAAGUUAAAAGUAGAACCCAGCAGAGAAUAUAAACAAGAUUGCAAUUGCACAAGGGAUCUCUUGGGACCAAAUAUCUCUUUGUCACAAGCAGCAUUCACUCCAGUACCCAUAGAUACCAGUCAGAUUGUAUUGCCUCCACAUCUGGAAAGAGUUAGAGAAAAACUAGCUGAGAAUAUCCAUGAACUUUGGGUGAUGAAUAAAAUUGAACUUGGAUGGCAGUAUGGACCUGUUAGAGAUGACAACAAGCGACAGCAUCCCUGUUUGGUGGAGUUUGCUAAACUACCUGAACAAGAACGGAAUUAUAAUCUUCAAAUGUCACUAGAAACGUUAAAAACAUUGUUGGCAUUAGGUUGUCAUGUUGGAAUUGCUGAUGAGCAUGCUGAAGAAAAGGUGAAGAAACUAAAACUUCCAAAAAAUUAUCUGUUAUCAAGUGGAUAUAAACCUGCUCCUAUGGAUCUAAGUUGUAUCAAGUUGACUCCAUCUCAGGAAUCCAUGGUUGAUAAACUUGCAGAGAAUGCUCACAAUGUAUGGGCAAGAGAUCGUAUAAGGCAGGGGUGGACGUAUGGAAUCCAGCAGGAUGUGAAGAACCGUCGAAACCCUCGCCUUGUCCCCUAUACACUUCUAGAUGAUCGUACUAAGAAAUCAAACAAAGAUAGUCUCCGGGAAGCCGUUCGUACUCUCAUCAGCUAUGGAUAUAACCUUGAAGCUCCAGAUCAAGACCAUGCUACAAGACCAGAUGUAUUUGGUGGCAUGAUUGAAAGGUUCAGGAUAUUCCGAACAGAGAAAACAUAUGCCGUAAAAACUGGGAAGUGGUACUUUGAAUUUGAGGCAGUGACUGCAGGAGAUAUGAGAGUUGGCUGGGCCAGACCAGGUUGCCAGCCAGAGCAAGAACUUGGCUCAGAUGAUCGAGCAUUUGUGUUUGAUGGAUUCAAGGCCCAGCGAUGGCACCAAGGAAAUGAGCAUUUUGGCCGUACUUGGCUGGCAGCAGAUAUUGUGGGAUGCAUGGUGGAUCUGAAUGAGCACACCAUGAUCUUUACUCUAAAUGGUGAAAUCCUUCUUGAUGACUCAGGUUCUGAGCUUGCAUUCAAGGAUUUUGAGGUUGGUGAUGGCUUUAUACCUGCAUGUAGCCUGGGAUUAUCACAAGUGGGCAGAAUGAACUUUGGCAAAGAUGUUAGCACUUUGAAGUAUUUCACUAUUUGUGGCUUACAAGAAGGCUAUGAACCUUUUGCUGUGAAUACAAAUCGGGACAUUACCAUAUGGCUGAGCAAGAGAUUACCUCAGUUUCUUCCAGUACCAGCAAACCAUGAACAUAUUGAGGUUACAAGGAUUGAUGGAACUGCAGACAGUUCUCCAUGCUUGAAAGUCACACAGAAGUCCUUUGGAUCUCAAAACAGCAAAACAGAUAUCAUGUUUUUUCGUCUAAGCAUGCCCAUUGAGUGUGCAGAAGUGUUCUCUCAAAUGCCUGGAGGAGGAGUGCCAAGUUCUAAUCUUUUUGGCCCAAAGAGUGAUUUGGAUGAUUAUGAUGCAGAUUCUGAUUUCGAAGUUCUCAUGAAGACUGCUCAUGGUCAUCUGGUACCUGAUCGUGUAGAAAAAGAAGCUGCAAAAUCAGAGUUCAAUAACCAUAAAGACUAUACACAAGAGAAACCUUCACGCCUCAAGCAAAGAUUUAUGCUGAGAAGGACGAAGCCAGACUACAGCAUAAGCCAUUCUGCAAGACUAACUGAAGAUGUCCUAGCAGAUGAAAGAGAUGAUUAUGAUUAUUUAAUGCAAACCUCUACAUAUUAUUACUCUGUACGUAUAUUUCCUGGACAAGAGCCUACUAAUGUUUGGGUAGGCUGGAUUACAUCUGACUUCCAUCAGUACGACACAAGCUUUGAUUUGGACAGAGUCCGUACUGUUACAGUAACCUUAGGAGAUGAAAAAGGGAAAGUUCAUGAGAGCAUCAAACGAAGCAACUGCUAUAUGGUGUGUGCUGGAGAAAGCAUGAAUCCAGGGCAAGGACGCAAUAAUAAUGGAUUAGAGAUUGGUUGCUUGGUCGAUGCUGCAACUGGUAUCCUGUCCUUCACAACUAAUGGCAAGGAGUUAAGCACUUAUUAUCAGGUGGAGCCAAGCACUAAAUUAUUUCCUGCAGUAUUUGCACAAGCCACAAGCCCUAACAUUUUCCAGUUUGAGUUGGGACGAAUAAAGAAUGUAAUGCCAUUGUCAGCUGGCUUGUUCAAAAGUGAGCACAAAAAUCCACUUCCUCAGUGCCCUCCCCGUCUCCAUGUUCAGUUUCUGACACACGUGCUUUGGAGCAGAGUGCCAAAUCAGUUUCUGAAGGUUGAUAUAUCACGGACCAGUGAACGUCAAGGCUGGUCAGUACAAUGCCUGGAGUCUUUGCAGUUCAUGUCCCUUCACAUUCCAGAGGAAAACAGGUCUAUAGAUAUUUUAGAACUGUCAGAACAAGAAGAAUUGUUAAAGUUUCAUUAUCAUACUCUCAGACUAUACUCAGCGGUGUGUGCUCUUGGGAAUAACAGAGUUGCACAUGCUAUGUGCAGCCAUGUUGAUGAAUCUCAGCUUCUCUAUGCAAUUGAGAACAAAUAUAUGCCAGGCUUGUUACGUGCGGGCUAUUAUGAUCUUCUCAUUGAUAUUCACCUUAAUAGUUAUGCCACUGCAAGGCUGAUGAUGAACAAUGAAUUUAUUGUUCCAAUGACAGAUGAGACUAAAAGCAUUACUUUGUUUCCUGAUGAACACAAAAAGCAUGGCCUACCAGGUAUUGGGCUUAGUACAUCUUUACGACCCAGAAUACAGUUUUCUUCUCCCAGCUUUGUAAGAAUUAACAGUGAAUGCUACCAAUACAGUCCUGAAUUUCCUCUGGAAAUUUUAAAGUCUAAAACUAUAGAGAUGUUGACAGAAGCAGUUCAGGAGGGUAGCCUUCAUGUCAGAGAUCCAGUAGGUGGUACUACAGAAUUUCUGUUUGUUCCUUUGAUCAAGCUUUUUUAUACUCUUCUUAUAAUGGGAAUCUUCCACAAUGGAGAUCUGAAGCAUAUCUUGCAGCUCAUUGAGCCCAGUGUGUUUAAGGAGGAUACAAACAGUGAAGAUGAAACCCGAAUAUUAGUGAAGGAACUAGUUACAGAGAGUCUAAAUUUAGAGGCAAGUGUGGAUGAAAUCAGAAGAGAGAAGGUUCCAGAAGAAGGACUUCUUCAAAUGAAACUUCCCGAGCCUGUGAAAUUACAGAUGUGCCAUUUACUCCAGUACCUGUGUGACUGCCAGAUACGCCAUAGAAUAGAAGCCAUUGUAGCAUUUUCAGAUGAUUUUGUAGCAAAACUUCAAGAAAAUCAGCGUUUCCGAUAUAAUGAAGUUAUGCAGGCAUUAAAUAUGUCUGCAGCUCUGACAGCCAAGAAAACAAAAGAAUUUCGGUCCCCACCACAGGAACAGAUCAAUAUGCUGCUGAAUUUUAAGGAUGAUAAAAAUGAUUGUCCUUGUCCUGAAGAAAUAAGGGAUCAUCUCCUGGAUUUUCAUGAAGAUCUGAUGGCACACUGUGGAAUUCAGCUAGAUGAAGAUGGAAUUCUAGAUGGAAACAGUGAUUUAACUAUUAAAGGUCGCCUGCUAUAUCUUGUAGAAAGAGUCACACACUUGAAAAAGAAACAAGCAGAGAAGCUAGUUGAUGAUAAUAACAAGAAACCAUCAACUCUCCAACAGCUGAUAUCAGAAACUAUGGUACGUUGGGCUCAAGAAUCUGUAAUAGAAGAUCCAGAGUUGGUGAGGGCCAUGUUUGUUUUGCUACACCGCCAGUAUGAUGGGGUUGGUGGCCUGGUUCGAGCUUUGCCCAAGACAUACACUAUAAAUGGUGUAUCGGUGGAAGAUACCAUCAACUUGCUUGCAUCUCUUGGCCAGAUCCGUUCUCUUCUCAGUGUUAGGAUGGGCAAGGAAGAAGAGAAGCUUAUGAUUCGUGGAUUAGGGGACAUUAUGAACAAUAAAGUGUUUUAUCAGCAUCCUAAUCUUAUGAGGGCACUGGGGAUGCAUGAGACCGUAAUGGAAGUAAUGGUGAAUGUACUUGGAGGAGGAGAAUCAAAGGAAAUCACCUUUCCUAAGAUGGUGGCAAAUUGCUGUCGUUUUCUAUGUUAUUUUUGCCGCAUCAGCAGACAGAAUCAGAAAGCCAUGUUUGAUCAUCUUAGCUAUCUUUUGGAAAACAGCAGUGUUGGACUUGCCUCUCCUUCUAUGCGGGGAUCAACACCUUUAGAUGUUGCAGCAGCAUCGGUAAUGGAUAAUAAUGAGCUUGCACUGGCUUUAAGAGAGCCUGACUUAGAAAAGGUAGUCCGCUACUUGGCUGGCUGUGGUUUGCAGAAUUGCCCUUUACUGAUUUCUAAAGGCUAUCCAGAUAUUGGAUGGAAUCCAGUUGAAGGAGAACGAUACCUGGAUUUCCUUCGUUUUGCUGUUUUUUGCAAUGGAGAGAGUGUUGAAGAAAAUGCUAAUGUGGUGGUCAGACUGCUCAUUCGACGGCCUGAAUGCUUUGGACCAGCCCUGAGAGGAGAAGGUGGAAAUGGCUUGCUUGCUGCCAUGGAGGAAGCCAUAAACAUAUCAGAAGACCCUACAAGAGAUGGACCUUCAUCAGCUAAUGGAUCCACUAGAACAUCAAGUGAGGUAGAAGAAGAGGAUGAUACUGUUCACAUGGGAAAUGCCAUCAUGACUUUUUAUGCUGCUCUCAUUGAUCUCUUGGGGCGCUGUGCUCCAGAAAUGCAUCUGAUCCAUGCUGGCAAAGGGGAAGCCAUUAGAAUCAGAUCUAUUCUGCGGUCUUUGAUUCCCUUGGAGGACUUGGUGGGCGUAAUUAGCAUUCCUUUUCACAUGCCAACAAUAGCAAAAGAUGGCAAUGUUGUGGAACCUGAUAUGUCAGGGGGGUUUUGCCCCGAUCACAAGGCCGCAAUGGUAUUGUUUCUUGACAGGGUCUAUGGAAUUGAAGACCAAGAUUUUCUUCUACACCUACUAGAAGUUGGCUUUCUGCCAGAUCUUCGUGCAGCUGCUUCAUUAGAUACGGUUGCACUGAGUGCCACAGAUAUGGCCCUGGCUCUUAAUCGGUAUCUCUGCACUGCUGUUUUGCCUUUAUUAACAAGAUGUGCUCCUCUUUUUGCUGGAACAGAGCAUCAUGCUUCCCUUAUAGAUUCCUUGCUACACACUGUAUAUCGGCUUUCCAAGGGCUGUUCUCUUACCAAAGCUCAGCGGGAUUCUAUUGAAGAUUGCCUACUCUCCAUUUGUGGUCAGUUAAGACCUUCAAUGAUGCAACAUUUGUUGAGAAGAUUAGUGUUUGAUAUCCCUCUUCUAAAUGAACAUGCCAAAAUGCCUCUUAAGUUGCUGACAAAUCAUUACGAAAGAUGCUGGAAAUAUUACUGUUUACUGGGAGGAUGGGGCAACUUUGGUGCUGCGUCAGAAGAGGAACUUCAUUUGUCUAGAAAGUUGUUCUGGGGUAUUUUUGAUGCUUUAUCGCAAAAGAAAUAUGAACAAGAACUAUUCAAAUUAGCGUUGCCAUGCCUGAGUGCUGUUGCAGGGGCUUUACCUCCUGAUUACAUGGAAUCAAAUUAUGUUGGUGUCAUGGAAAAACAGGCUUCCAUGGAUUCAGAUGGGAACUUCAAUCCACAGCCUGUUGAUACUUCGAAUAUUACAAUUCCUGAAAAACUAGACUACUUUAUAAACAAAUACGCUGAACAUUCUCACGAUAAAUGGUGCAUGGAAAAGUUUGCAAAUGGGUGGAUAUAUGGUGAAACAUAUUCAGAAUCUUCCAAAGUGCAGCCAUUAAUGAAACAAUAUAAACUAUUAUCAGAAAAGGAAAAAGAAAUGUAUAGAUGGCCAAUCAAAGAGUCUCUGAAAACCAUGCUUGCUUGGGGAUGGCGGGUUGAAAGAACAAGGGAAGGAGAUACUAUGGCUCUUUAUAAUCGUUCACGUCGGAUAUCACAGACAAGUCAGGUUUCUGUAGAUACUGUCCAUGGUUACACCCCCCGUGCAAUUGACAUGAGUAACGUUACCCUGUCCAAAGAGUUACAUGCAAUGGCUGAGAUGAUGGCUGAAAAUUAUCAUAACAUAUGGGCGAAGAAAAAGAAAAUGGAGCUUGAAGCCAAAGUGGGAGGAGGAAACCACCCCUUACUUGUACCCUAUGAUACACUGACAGCCAAAGAAAAAGCUAAGGAUAGAGAGAAAGCCCAAGAUAUUCUAAAGUUCCUCCAGAUCAAUGGCUAUGUUGUGUCCAGAGGCUUGAAGGAUCUAGAGUUAGACACACCAUCCAUUGAAAAAAGAUUUGCUUACAGUUUUCUCCAGCAAUUGAUACGAUAUGUAGAUGAAGCCCAUCAGUAUAUUCUGGAGUUCGAUGGUGGCAGCAGAGGGAAAGGAGAACAAUUUCCUUAUGAACAAGAAAUCAAAUUCUUUGCUAAAGUUGUACUUCCUUUAAUUGAUCAGUAUUUCAAAAAUCACCGCCUGUAUUUCCUAUCUGCAGCAAGCAGGCCUCUGAGCAGUGGGGGGCAUGCUUCUAACAAGGAGAAAGAAAUGGUAACCAGCCUAUUCUGCAAACUUGGAGUUCUUGUCAGGCAUAGGAUUUCACUGUUUGGAAAUGAUGCAAGUUCAAUAGUCAAUUGUCUUCAUAUCUUGGGUCAGACCUUGGAUGCAAGGACGGUGAUGAAGACAGGUUUGGAAUCUGUUAAGAUGGCUUUGAGGACAUUUUUGGAUAAUGCGGCAGAGGACCUGGAAAAAACAAUGGAAAAUCUUAAGCAGGGGCAAUUCACACACACCAGGAGUCAGCCAAAAGGAGUAACACAAAUAAUUAACUACACAACUGUGGCUCUUCUGCCAGUACUGUCUUCAUUAUUUGAGCACAUCGGACAGCAUCAGUUUGGUGAAGAUCUGAUAUUGGAAGAUGUUCAAAUCUCUUGUUAUAGAAUACUGGCCAGCUUGUAUGCUUUGGGAACCAGCAAGAGUAUCUAUGUGGAGCGUCAACGCUCAGCUUUAGGUGAAUGCUUAGCUGCUUUUGCUGGUGCCUUUCCUGUGGCAUUUUUAGAAACUCAUCUGAAUAGUCACAAUAUGUAUUCCAUAUACAAUACCAAGACAGCAAGAGAAAGAGCAGGUUUCAAUUUACCAAACUGUGUAAAGGAACUUUGUCCAAAUAUUCCAUCUCUGGAAAAACUAAUGGAAGAAAUUGUGGAAUUAGCUGAAUCGGGCAUUCGCUAUACACAAAUGCCUCAUGUAAUGGAAGUUAUAUUGCCCAUGCUCUGUAGUUACAUGUCACAUUGGUGGGAACAUGGACCAGAAAACAAUCAUGACAAGAGUGAAAUGUGCUGCACAGCAUUGACUUCAGAUGAUAUGAACACUCUUCUGGGAAACAUUCUGAGAAUCAUACAUAAUAAUUUGGGCAUAGAUGAAGGAGCCUGGAUGAAGAGAUUAGCAGUGUUUUCUCAGCCUAUCAUAAGUAAAGUGAAGCCUGAGCUUCUGAAAACACAUUUCCUUCCACUGAUGGAGAAACUGAAGAAAAAAGCAGCUAUGGUUAUCGCUGAUGAAGAACACUUAAGAGCAGAAGGCAGGGGUGAUAUGUCUGAGGCAGAACUGCUCAUCCUAGAUGAGUUCACUACACUUGCACGGGAUCUUUAUGCCUUCUAUCCAUUGUUGAUCAGAUUUGUGGACUACAACAGAGCAAAAUGGCUCAAAGAGCCCAACCCUGAAGCUGAAGACUUGUUUCGUAUGGUUGCAGAAGUUUUCAUUUACUGGUCAAAAUCCCAUAAUUUUAAAAGGGAAGAACAGAACUUUGUGGUGCAAAAUGAAAUCAACAAUAUGUCUUUCCUUAUUACUGACACUAAGUCGAAGAUGUCCAAGACAGCUGUUUCUGAUCAGGAAAGAAAAAAAAUGAAACGGAAAGGGGAUCGUUACUCAACUCAGACCUCUCUUAUUGUGGCUGCAUUAAAACGACUGCUUCCUAUUGGGCUAAACAUUUGUGCACCUGGUGACCAAGAAUUAAUUGCUCUGGCAAAAAAUCGAUUAAGCAUGAAGGACACUGAGGAUGAAGUUCGAGACACUAUUUGCAACAACCUUCAUUUACAGGGCAAGCUUGAAGAUCCUGCCAUUAGGUGGCAGGUGGCCCUUUACAAAGAUCUACCAAACAGAACUGAUAUCACUUCGGAUCCAGAAAAGACUGUGGAACGGGUUCUGGAUAUAGCUAAUGUACUUUUCCACCUGGAACAGGUUGAGCAUCCUCAGAGGUCAAAAAAGGCAGUAUGGCACAAACUUUUAUCCAAACAGAGGAAAAGAGCUGUGGUGGCUUGCUUCAGAAUGGCACCUCUAUAUAAUCUUCCACGGCACCGAGCUGUCAAUCUUUUUCUUCAAGGAUAUGAAAAGUCCUGGGUGGAAACAGAAGACCAUUAUUUUGAGGAUACAUUGAUAGAAGACUUAGCAAAACCUGGCACAGAACCAACAGAAGAAGAUGAAUGUAUUAAGCGAGUUGAUCCUUUACAUCAACUUAUUUUACUCUUCAGUCGAACAGCUUUAACUGAAAAAUGCAAACUGGAGGAAGAUUACCUGUAUAUGGCAUAUGCUGAUAUUAUGGCAAAGAGCUGCCAUGAUGAAGAAGAUAACAAUGAUAGUGAAGAGGAAGUGAAGAGCUUUGAAGUCACAGGAUCCCAACGCAGCAAGGAAAAAGAAAUGGAAAAGCAAAAACUCCUGUACCAGCAAGCAAGACUCCAUGAUCGGGGAGCUGCUGAAAUGGUCCUGCAGACAAUUAGUGCCAGCAAAGGUGAAAUGGGGCCAAUGGUUGCAGCCACCCUCAAACUUGGGAUUGCUGUCUUGAACGGAGGAAAUUCAACUGUUCAGCAGAAAAUGCUUGACUACCUCAAGGACAAAAAAGAUGUAGGCUUCUUUCAGAGCCUUGCUGGUCUCAUGCAGUCUUGCAGUGUUCUUGACCUAAAUGCUUUUGAACGUCAGAAUAAAGCAGAAGGCCUUGGAAUGGUAACAGAAGAAGGAUCAGUCAUCACUCAUGAGCGUGGGGAAAAGGUGAUGCAGGACGAUGAAUUCACCUGUGACCUCUUCCGGUUCCUUCAGUUGCUUUGUGAAGGGCAUAAUUCAGGUUUUCAGAAUUACUUGAGAACUCAGACUGGUAAUAAUACAACUGUCAACAUUAUCAUAUCCACCGUGGAUUAUUUAUUGAGAGUUCAGGAAUCAAUUAGUGAUUUCUAUUGGUAUUAUUCUGGAAAGGAAGUUAUCGAUGAACAAGGACAACGUAAUUUCUCUAAAGCUAUUCAAGUUGCAAAGCAGGUCUUCAAUACUCUUACAGAAUAUAUUCAGGGUCCAUGUACAGGUAAUCAACAGAGUCUAGCACAUAGCAGACUUUGGGAUGCUGUGGUUGGUUUUCUUCAUGUCUUUGCCCACAUGCAGAUGAAGCUCUCUCAGGAUUCUAGUCAAAUUGAAUUACUGAAAGAAUUAAUGGACCUUCAGAAGGAUAUGGUGGUCAUGCUGCUAUCUAUGUUGGAAGGUAAUGUUGUGAAUGGAACAAUCGGCAAGCAAAUGGUUGACAUGCUGGUGGAAUCGUUCAACAAUGUAGAAAUGAUUCUAAAGUUUUUUGAUAUGUUUCUAAAACUGAAAGAUUUAACUUUCUCUGAUGCAUUUAAAGAAUAUGAUCCUGAUGGUAAGGGCAUUAUCUCCAAGAGAGAUUUCCAUAAAGCAAUGGAAAGCCACAAACACUAUACUCAGUCUGAAACCGAAUUUCUCCUCUCCUGUGCUGAAACUGAUGAGAAUGAAACUCUGGACUAUGAGGAAUUUGUGAAACGGUUUCAUGAGCCAGCUAAAGACAUUGGUUUCAAUGUUGCUGUUUUGCUGACAAACUUGUCAGAGCACAUGCCACAUGACACGCGAUUGCAGACUUUCCUUGAAUUGGCAGACAGUGUUCUAAACUAUUUCCAGCCCUUCUUAGGACGCAUAGAAAUAAUGGGCAGUGCAAAGCGCAUUGAACGAGUUUACUUUGAGAUCAGUGAAUCAAGUCGGACACAGUGGGAGAAACCUCAGGUUAAAGAGUCAAAGAGGCAGUUUAUCUUUGAUGUAGUAAAUGAAGGAGGGGAAAAGGAAAAAAUGGAACUUUUUGUUAAUUUUUGUGAAGACACUAUCUUUGAAAUGCAGUUGGCUGCUCAGAUCUCAGAGUCAGAUCUGAACGAGCGGUCUGUAAAUAAAGAAGAAAGUGAAAAUGAGAAGCUGGAAGAGCAGGACCCCAGAAUAGGUUUCUUCUCUCUAGUGACCGUCACAUCAGCUUUAGUAGCCCUCAAGCAUAACACGAUGACUCUGAUGAAAAUGCUAAGCGUGAAAAGUAUAAAGAAGCAAAUGAAGAAGAUGAAAAAAAUGACCAUGAAGGACAUGCUCCUGGCUUUGUUUUCUUCCUACUGGAGCAUUUCAAUGGGUUUUGUGCAUUUUUUAUCAAGCGUCUCCAGAGGCUUCUUUCAGAUCAUGUACAGCCUGCUGCUUGGAGGGAGCCUGGUUGAAGGAGCCAAGAAAAUUAAGGUAGCUGAACUUUUAGCCAACAUGCCUGACCCUACUCAGGAUGAGGUACGUGGUGAUGGAGAAGAAGUAGAAAGGAAGCCAGCUGAAGCUGCUUUGCCUGCAGAAGACCUAACUGAUCUGAAAGCUCUGUCGGAAGAUAGUGACCUCCUCUCAGAUAUUUUUGGCUUAGAUUUAAAACGAGAGGGAGGACAAUAUAAACUAAUCCCACAUAAUCCAAAUGCAGGCUUGAGCGAUUUGUUGAGCAGUCCUUCCUUACUCCCUUUACCUGAUGUGGAAGAAAAAAUAAAGGACCAGAAGAUGAAUGAAGAUGGAAAAGACGAAAGAGAAGAUACUAAAUUUGAACAUGAAAAAGCAGAGGGAGAAGAUGGAGAAAAAGAAGAGAAAACAAAAGAAGAUAAAGGAAAACAGAAACAAAAGCAGCGUCACAAACAUAGGCAUGGUGAACUAGAAUUGCAAGAAUCCGCCUUUUGGAAGAAAAUUAUUGCGUAUCAACAGAAAGUCCUUAAUUAUUUUGCCCGGAAUUUCUACAAUAUGAGGAUGCUGGCUUUAUUCGUCGCAUUUGCCAUUAAUUUCAUUCUUUUGUUCUACAAGGUCUCUACCUCUUCAGUGACAGAAGAAAAGGAAGUUCAAGUAGUUAGUACUGCUGACAAAUUGAAGCUAAACAGCCUAGAAAGUCCUUCUCAUAGAAUCAUCACAGUACACUAUGUCCUUGAAGAAAGCAGUGGUUACAUGGAACCUACACUCCGCAUUUUAGCGAUUUUACACACUGUCAUUUCCUUUUUCUGCAUCAUUGGGUAUUACUGUCUGAAAGUUCCAUUGGUAAUAUUUAAACGAGAAAAAGAAGUUGCAAGGAAAUUGGAAUUUGAUGGGCUAUAUAUUACAGAACAGCCUUCAGAAGAUGAUAUUAAGGGACAGUGGGACAGACUUGUCAUCAAUACACAGUCUUUUCCUAACAACUACUGGGACAAGUUUGUGAAAAGAAAGGUUAUGGAUAAAUAUGGAGAGUUCUAUGGCAAAGACAGAAUCAGUGAAUUGCUGGGAAUGGACAAGGCUGCUCUAGAUUUCAGUGAUGCUCGAGAAAAAAAGAAACCCAAAAAGGAUAGUUCUUUAUCAGCUGUGCUGAAUUCUAUUGAUGUAAAGUACCAAAUGUGGAAACUAGGUGUUGUUUUCACUGAUAAUUCUUUUCUGUAUCUGGCCUGGUAUAUGACCAUGUCAGUCCUUGGUCAUUACAACAACUUUUUCUUUGCUGCACAUCUCCUUGACAUAGCAAUGGGAUUUAAAACAUUACGAACUAUUCUAUCAUCAGUGACCCACAAUGGAAAACAGCUUGUACUGACUGUGGGAUUACUUGCAGUGGUAGUUUACCUAUACACAGUAGUUGCUUUCAAUUUCUUCCGCAAAUUCUACAAUAAGAGUGAAGAUGGAGAUAUGCCAGAUAUGAAAUGUGAUGAUAUGCUAACGUGCUAUAUGUUUCACAUGUAUGUGGGAGUACGUGCUGGUGGUGGAAUUGGUGAUGAAAUUGAAGAUCCCGCAGGCGAUGAAUAUGAAAUAUAUCGAAUCAUCUUUGAUAUUACAUUUUUCUUCUUUGUAAUUGUUAUUCUACUAGCUAUCAUACAAGGUUUGAUUAUUGAUGCAUUUGGAGAAUUAAGAGAUCAGCAAGAACAAGUUAAAGAAGACAUGGAGACUAAAUGUUUUAUCUGUGGAAUAGGUAAUGAUUACUUUGAUACAGUGCCACAUGGCUUUGAAACACAUACUCUACAGGAGCACAACUUGGCUAAUUAUCUAUUUUUUCUGAUGUAUCUCAUUAAUAAAGAUGAAACAGAACACACUGGUCAAGAGUCAUACGUGUGGAAAAUGUAUCAAGAACGAUGCUGGGAAUUUUUCCCUGCCGGUGAUUGUUUCCGAAAGCAGUAUGAAGAUCAGCUUAACUAAUAAUAAUUGAGGACCAUCCCUUGAGAUUCCAUCAACACCUUUCCCAAUUCCUUUGGGAACAUUCAUCAGAUUUUCCAGACCUGUUAAACAGUGUGCUGUUUGGAGCACCGAAACCAUUUUUUUAAUGACUCCUCUGUUCUUUUUUCUUCUGAUUUUGCUUUGAGAACAAUGAGAACUUAACUCUGGCAAGAGAAGAAAAAAUCCCGCAUAACAAAUCCCCAUAUGUCACAUGAACACAUAUACACAAAGAGACUUGUGACAGAUUUUUUUUUCCUUCCGAGACUGCCUGAUGACUUCCUUAAAUAGGAGAACAUAUGUGGAAUAAUGUGAUAGUCACAUUUCUUCAGUCAUUUAUUUCAUCAUCCUGGAAGGAAUUCUGUGGUUCACAGAGGGCUUUAAAGGAUUCUGGGGGACACUAAGUUGUGGGGAAAUAGUGCCUUACUAUAUGUAGGUUGAGCUAUGCAGAAGAUGAGUGCAUGAUGACAUCUUAUAUUUUCUUUAUCUGUCCUCUCUUUCCUCCCAGUUUAAUAUUUAUUUUGUCUUCUGGAGGGACUUCAGUGGGAUUUGGUUGUGCACACCUUUUUAAUAAGAUGAUGGCGUGUCUCAGGAUAAAAAGUAGUAGUUGGGUUUUUUGUCAUUAAGUUAAAUUCACAAGAAUCUUCCUCUUUCACUCUUACACUUAUUUUGGUAAUGCUGUGAUGCAGCACUGUAACUUUAUGAAAUCUUUGUAUGAAAACAAAAACACUGCAGAAAAAAUGUUAAAAGGAAUUAUUUCAUUGCAUGUUUAUUAUGCAAGUUUAAACAACAGAAAGCAACCUUUUGAAGCAAGUUGAUCAACAUGAAAAAAAAAUCACAAUAAUAUUCAUAGUAAUCAAGUGUUGUGGGCUUUAUUGUACAUUUGGAACCAGUGUCAUCAACCCACAGUUAUGUAUGUAUUAUGAACUUGCCAGUAGUUUGGUUUCAUUUUCCUUUUCUGUUCCUUUUGUUGCUGUUCAUUUGGCCAUUUGUGAUCAUUAGUGGAAUUAAAGCUUUUCUUAAGUCAGUUUUUAAAAUCAAAGGUAAAGCAAUAUCCGUUCAGGGAUUUCAUUAGUUGCAUCAUGAAGCACCAAGAAUGUGUAACACUCCAUGUUGAGUCC